AUGAAUCUGAAGGAAAAAACAGAAACCCAUUUGGAUGGUUCGAAGUUUAAUUCUGGAAUUUGUGGUCAAAUAGAGAAUACUUAUGAUGCUUUGGUGAGUGCUUGCAUUGGAUUGAGAUCAAUUAGAGGCGUCAAAAGGGUGUUUAAUUAUAUGCUAAAUUCUGAGUUUGAGCCGGAUUUGUAUAUAAGAAACAGGGUGUUGUUGAUCCACGGAAAAUGCGGGAUGAUGAUUGAUGCACGUAUGUUGUUUGAUACUAUGCCUGAGAGGAGUUGGAACAUCAUAAUUGGGGAGCUUGUGGAUGUUGGAGAUUAUGUAGAGGCAUUUAGGUUGUUCUUGAUGAUGUGGGAGGAGUUCGUGGAUGUUGGAUCUCGGACAUUCGUGCCGAUGAUUUGA